ACAUUUUCAGGGAAGAGUUUCAUAUGGACGCCAAUAAUUAUUUCCUACAGCAUUAGCCAUCAGAAAGCAAAACAUGUCCAGAAAGUUCAGUUAGUAGGGAAAAUAUCAAGUCGUUUACUUAGAAAAAAGCAUGCUGUGUCGGCACACGUGCCACGGUGAUUGAUUGAUACAUUUAAGCACUGCAAUGUCCAGUGUUCAGUUUCGAUGUUAUCACAGCUAACGGAUAAUGCAGAGCUCAGGAAUCAGUCAUUGCUGGCUGGUGCACCGUGAUGUUGUCUCCAUGACAUUAACGUACAUGUACAGUUUAAAUUGCUAUUUGAACGAGAUGGUAACUGGGAGCAGGACGACAAGAGCAUUUUGGAUUUGAAGGGGGCAUCUCUCUUUUCUUCCAAAAUAACUAGCCAGCAAUCCACUGAAGUGCACCGUCUGUUUCCUGGAUGCAAAGUUUGGUGAGACGUCUGCUGCAGCAACAGAGAGAACGCAACCAUUUUAGCCCAGAGUCACACCUUGGGGACAGCAGCGGCAGAAGUUGGAGUCACACCAGCCAGAGUGCCAUGAACCACUUCUCAGCCGAGAAGCUGGAGGAGAUUCGGCAGCAGAUGGCGCUGCAUCGGAAGAACUUGCUGUGCAUCUGCAGAUUAGCAAUAAGAAGCCUUGUUGAGAAAGCACAUUCAGAAGGUGUGGAUGAUUCCUGUGAUGAGUUUAAGAAUCUUGCAACAAUAUUGGAGCACAUCUUGAGUCACAGACUCAAAGGCCAGAUUUCCUGGUUUGGGCUGGAGGAGCCCAGGGAAUUCUGGGAUUUCAUCAGCGUGGUGUGUAGUUCGCUCCCCCACAACUGCAUUGAUAACAUUACCAACAUGGAGGACGCAAAGAAACCCAAGGCAAAGGGAAGAGCUUGGAUUCGCUCAGCUUUGAUGGAAAAGCGCUUAGCAGAGUAUAUCCAGCACACCCUGAAAAAUGAGAAAGCAAUGAAAGCAUUCUUUGCGGAAGGUGCCUUUAUGCGUGCAGAGGAAGCACAGGUGGUUGCUAGGGAGUUGGAGAAGCUGAAUACCAUUGACUUCAGUUCGUGUCUCAAAGGGGAGAAGCUUGAGACUGGUGUUGCCCAUGUCAUUGACUACGCGUCGUAUCUUCAGAUUCUCUUGAGAGACAAAGAAACCUCCCCAACUGCUGACCACUCUCAGGGUGCAACAUCAGAGAACAACGGGACUGACAGGCCAACGGCAAGCCACAGUCUUAGCCACAGCCAGGCCAGCGGCACAGCCGAUGAGAAAUACGCAAGACUGCAGGAGCAGUUCCGAGCUGUCAGCGCUCAAAAGGAGUAUUUAGAAGAUACUAUGCAACAGAAAGAUCACCAGCUCUCCAGUAGCAAAAAAGAAUGCAAACACUUACAGCAGGCCUUGAAGCAUACGGAUCAGAUGGCUCGACAAGAACACCAACAACUCCAAAGGACAAUCAUGCAACUGCAGGCUAAAGUAGCCGAGCUCGAGGAAGCCAGGCAGAUGGCUCGCGUCAGCCUGGAGAAACACCUGAUCAAAGGUCAGUGGAGUCCCCCCAUUGUUGGGUCAGAGGGGGCCACGUCCCACUUGGAUCUUCUGGACCAGACAGAGACCAUCUCACUGGACAAUCUCCACCUGGCAUUGCUUCCAAAUGAAUCCAACGAAAUGCCUUCUCCAGAUGGGGAGAGUGUUCAGAGUCUGGACCAAUCUUACAGCAGCCGACAGUGCGACAGUCCCAGCCCAACAUCUGGCACUUCUAGUGCUUCCCUGUACGUCCGCUCCGACAGUGACAAGAGCGGAGUAACAGGUCAGAGGUCAAUUCACAAAGACAAGGAGGAAACGCAGAGUUUGGUUCCCCUGGCUGGGUCGUUCACCUCCCAGAUGAGCGUUAAGUCGACAGAAACCUCCAGUUCUGGCAUGCUCGACUCUGACACCCACACCCCGUACCUCUAUCGGGUUCGACCCAUGUCCCCAGGCUCAGCCAGUUCCGACUCCUGUGUAUCAUCAGACGUCAACCAGCCCCUUGUUGUCUCGUAGCACAAUCGGAACCUUUAUCCCCACCCCCAGGGCAUACGAAAGACAGUCAGGGGUGGAGCAAGGUUACACAAAAUAGGACUUGGGAGGGGGACCUUAGCCGGGAAUCUGGUGUAGACAUGUAAAACUGACCAUGCAUAAGGCUAGGAGCCAUGACAUUCUGGUAAGCCAUGUCCGAGUCAAAUGACUGCAGAUGGGGGGUAACACAUGUAAGUCUAUGUAAAGUAGCCACAGCCUCUACCUAGUAGUUGCAUAUAUGAUUUCCAGCCACAGCUACAUCGUUCAGACACUGUCCGGGUCAUGAUAGAAUCCUCCUUUGUGGAUUUAAUGCACGACCCAACGCCCUGUGGUGAAAAGGUGUUGCUCUUAGUGGAGGACAUCUGGGCACCAUUUGUGCAGUAGAACGGUUCUCACUGGCCUUCCCGUCUGUGCAGAGCUGGAGUCGUUGUUUGAAAACUGGUUAGCCACACCCUGAAAAUAAGGGUUUUUACAAUUUGCCCAAUGUGUAUGCUUUUACUUACAUUUGCACAAUCAAGUAGUUGCCCAAUGUCUACGCACACCCAUGCUUAAGUGUUACUUUGCGUAUACGAGUGCUACAGUUUUGUUCACAUUCAAUUGAAAACUUGAUUGGUCAUACUGUGCAUGCACAAUGUGAUGUCUAUUUAUAAGCUGGCUCUUGUCAGUAAGCUACACUCCAUCUUCUUGUUGGGGAACCUAUAUUUUAACCCUAACCCCCUAGGGUGUAUGUAAAAUCGUAUUGAAAUUGGAGGAUUUGGGACUGUUAGGGUUAAAAGAUACAAACCCCCCCCAAUAAUUUGUCACUGGUCAGACUUAUGUUCCGGAAUUGAUGCGGCAACGCAGCCUUAUUUUUUUUUGCGCCCUCCUCCAGGGUUGAAAAUUGUACUGAAAUUCAGAUAAGCUCUAUCCACGUGCAAAAUGCAGACACUCGUUGUCGAGUCAUGGGACUAGACCAUGAUUAUAAGCCAACAAACAACUUUGUAUCCAUAGUCUGCUAUCAUUGUUUAGCAUCGAUCUCUAUUGCCUCGAGUAAAAGAUCGAGCUUUGCGGUGUGGCAGUAGAGGGUGCUGUUGCAGCUGUUGCAGAGGAAAAAAAAAGAUGAACGCGCAGGCUUGAAAUCGACGCACACGCUGACCCCAGAUGAAAGACUUUUCGAGGGGCCUGAACAUAACAGUCGAACUGUAAAUUUUCGUUUUUCUUCCCAAUCCUAGUCUUUUUUAUGAUUAUCAAGCUUGAAUUAUGUGGUUGCUGUAGCGUAUGAAAAUGUGGAGUAAAGGGCAAGCUUUAUUGUUUACACAUUAGUUGGAAUUACCCAUCGGUAUAUAUGACAUUAUGGAUACAUGUGCACUAUUUUACAAUGACCUGAUUGACUGCAUAUGAUGGAUGAUCACGUCUGGGUCAGCAAACUUCUGUUUCAAGAAUUGCCAAUUGUAAACUUAUGUGCAAUUUAUUUUUAUUGUUUAUCUUGCACAAGGAUUUCUGUAAAUGAUAUUAAUGAAAUCUUUAUAUUUGACAAUUGGACCUUUUGGUUAUAAAGUAAGGUGCAAAUAAAAUUUCUUUGGUGAUGGUCAACACAGAAAUCAAAACAUCAUUCUAUAAAAAAAUAGGAAAUGAGGCAUGUCAUUUUAUUCAGUGAAAAAGCAUUUAUUGAAGUACUCAAGGACCCCACUAAACACCAAAGCACAGUUGACAAUGUACAAACAAAACAGUAUUUUUGGUGACGUACAUUUCUCCACAAGUCAGCCUUAAAGUUGUAAACUGCAAGCCAAUAUGAGACACAUUAAGGCAAACAAAUCAGAGCACUGGAUGGAGCUAGAUUUCAAUAUUGCUGCCCUUCACCACCUAGAUGUCAAAUUUUUUUGCCGACAAUAGUACAGCUGUAUGUGCCUCACGACCAUAGAGCUAUAUUUAAAAACUAGAGCGCUGACUCAUGUACAAAAGUGAUGCCUGC